UUGGCACUGUCGGAAGAACGCUCUUCCUUCUUCUCUGUCAUACAAUCUGCACUAUUUCAAGUUCUACUUUCUCUCUCACACACGUUCUCUCACAGUGCAGCUGGAUUCAGCUCGAACCAGGAAUUAACCAAACCCUAAUACGUUAAAAUAACCACAAAAAUCAAAAAAUACUACCUUUUCAGUUUUUCCCUGCAGAAAAGCCUUUCUUGUAAGCCCAAAAAAAAUAAACCAGCAUUCACCUAAACUGAGAUAAACCCUUGAUGUUCAAAAUGGCUAGCAGAAACGCAUUCACCAUUCCCAUUUUCGUACUGUACUGCUUUACUACUUUCUUCUCACUGACGACCUCAAAGUCCACAAUAGAGCCAUGUUCCAACUCUGACACCUGCAGUGCCCUUGUGGGCUACACUCUCUAUACCGACCUUAAAGUCUCAGAGGUCGCUUCGCUUUUCUCCGUCGACCCCAUUUCGCUUCUCCUUUCAAAUUCCAUUGACAUCUCGUACCCGGAUGUUGAAAACCACAUACUCCCAUCUCAACUCUUCCUCAAAAUCCCCAUCCCCUGUUCUUGUGUCGAUGGGAUUCGUAAAUCCUCCACCACCAGUUACAAGACCCGCCCUUCCGACACCCUUGCCUCCAUCGCCACCGCUGUAUAUGGCGGACUUAUAUCGGCCGACCAGAUCAAUGAGGCCAAUCCCGAUGCUGGUAUCUCUGACCCUUCUGUGCUUAAUGUAGGGACUAAGCUUAAUAUUCCACUCCCCUGUACUUGUUUCAACAAUAGUGAUAACAAUUUGCCUGCGAUUUAUAUGUCCUAUGUGGUGAAACCUGUGGACACACUGUCGGGGAUUGCAGCUCGAUAUUUUACAACUUUGACGGAUCUUAUGAAUAUGAAUCAGUUGGGGAGCCCUGCCAUUAAGGAGGGUGACAUUCUUGCGAUUCCCUUAUCUGCCUGUGCAUCUAAAUUUCCAAAGUAUGCUUUGGAUUACGGCUUGUUUGUACCGAAUGGGAGUUAUGCUAUAACUGCAAGUCACUGUGUGCAGUGUAGUUGUGGGCCAGGGAGCCGCAAUUUAUACUGCACUCCAGCUUCAUUGGCAGUUUCUUGCUCGAGCAUGCAGUGCCGAAGUAGUAAUCUCAUGCUAGGAAAUGUUACCACACAACAGUCGAGCGCUGGAUGCAAUGUGACUUCUUGCAGUUAUGGUGGCUUUGUCAAUGGAAGCAUCACCACCUGGUUAUCCUCGUCUCUUCAACCUAGAUGCCCAGGAUCACAGCAAUUUCCUCAACUUAUUGCUCCUCCUACAGUAGUUCCAGAUUCAUUAUUUUCACCAGCCCCUUCACCUUCCGAGGCUGGUGGUUUUCCAACAAUGAACCCAAAGUCUUCUGUGGUGCCUUCCUCUGGUGCAGGUAUAGGAUUUCCACCUGCGAAUGGACCAGCCGGAAGUGCCUCUGGUACAUCUGAUGCUCGUGCCUUGAUGAACAAUUUAUAUAGUUUUUCAUUUCUGCUUACUUUAGGUCUGGUUUUCAAGUUUCUAUUGUCGAUUCCAUUGUAAUUCUUCAGUUAUGGCAGAGGGUUGGACCUUGUUCUGCUUGAGUUUCUACCUCCUCUCAAGUCCUAAAACUCGUGUUGUAUUUAUUCAAUUUAUUGUUGCCACUGCACAGAUUUUUAAAUGCAGUCAACCAAUGAUUGCUAAUUAUUUUUCA